AUGUGUAAUAUUUUCAAGUUUAAAGAAAUGCAGCUAUUGGAAGCUGGUCUUGCGCAUUUUGAAGAAGGAGCGCUUGAUCUACUGAUCCCAGAACAAACAGUAGAUGAUCAAGCAGAACUUCUUCCUUACAACAGAAGAUGGGAGUUUUCUAGAGAAAAAUUAAAAUUAAAAUUAGUGGAGCUUUUGGAGUUGUGUGAACUUUUGAUAAUCGUCGAGCUCUGCAGAUUUAGAAAUCUGGAAAGUUAUCUUGAGUGCCAUCGAGAAAAUUUUAUCAAUCAAAUUGAUCUGAAUACGGAUAAAAUUAAUCCACGGAUAGGAAAAAAUAUGAGAAGGUCAAAAUACAAGGCAUUUGUCAUUUCCGAUUAUAUCAAUACGGCUUCCGGCAAUAACAAGACAAACAAUGAGCCCAUUAUCUAUAUAACGACUCUGAGGCUCACAGCUUUGACGGUGAAUCUAGUGAUGAUCUCAACAAUGAUGGCAUCCAGCCAGGAUCUUCUUUUAUGGGCUUAUCAGGUGGCAAAUGGCAUGGAGUAUCUUUCCCAACGGAGAGUGUUACACUGUGACUUGGCAGCAAGAAAUAUAUUACUGGCAGAAUACAAUUUUGUUAAAAUUUGCGAUUUUGGUUUGGCAAAGGCAUUGUACAAGGAUGAAAACUAUAAAAAGCAACAUGAAGGACAGUUUCCUGUUAAGUGGAUGGCUAUUGAAUCUAUGAGGGACGGGGUCUUUUCAACUAUGUCAGAUGUUUGGUCAUUUGGUGUAGUUUUAUGA